AUGGUUACAGCAGAGGAUAUUGCAAGACGUAUGGCCAAGAACCGAUUGCACUUUGAUGUCGUACAGCCUGGACCAAGCAUGGAUAAGCUGAAGUCCACAACCACGGUUAUGGCGGUGCUUUGGUUUUUUUGCAAGGACCUGAACUACAAACCAACAGAACCUGAAGUUUAUGUAGUGGCUGUGAAAUUUGCUGAUAAUCAGGGAAAGACAGUCCAUUCACUGUGCAGUGCACAAGAAAAUGAGCUGGAAGGAAAUUUGAGGAGACUCACAAGAAGACAGAACAGGGUGGAGUGUCACUUGCUGGUAAAGAGGCUGCGGAAGGGACAUACUGAACACACUGAGAUGAGAGACCUCGGAGAGCAAAACUUACAGAUUAGUUUUCGUGCACAAAUUCUGAGCGAUCAGAAUCAUUUCUUCCUUGCUUUAUAUCUUAUAUACGAAGAUGAAGAAGACGACCCUUCAAUACUGCGGUUGAGACAAAAUAAUGAUAUGAAAUACAACUUGUAUUGCUUCCUUUUAUGGUUCUCAUCUUUCAUGAAACGGGACGCUAUCGACGCUUGGAUCAUUUCCAGAAAGAUUUUGUCGAGCUUUUCGAUCGAUCGCGCACGUGAACUUAUCAGGAGUGAUUCAAAGAGUAGUGCGGCUGCGGAAUGA